ACUAACACAGAUCCAUGAGUCACUGGCCACCUUGAGAAGAACAAGACAAGGGAGAGGAGCGAGUUUCUUCUGAACUUGUAAGCUGUUGGAGACUAAUUACCUUAUUAAAUCGGUGGAAGUCGUAUUCUGCUUCUUUGAGAUUGAUACGCGGCGGAAAACCAGACCAACCCCCCCCGAACCAGGUGUUAUAAAAGAUUUUUCACCUCAAGUGGAUUAAUUCAGUGGGGCCCUUACAAUUGCUGCAUACAAGCAUUAUGGUAUUCAGUUGAAGACCUAUGAACGGUGAUAUUAUGCAAUCAGUCAAGCAGGAGGUAGACUCCAGUGAGUCCUACAGUGGAGAGGAUGCUCUGGUUCUGGCUGUGGCCUUACAAGGAGCUAACAGAGACCUGAUAGGCCACAAAAUCUCUGCAAUUCCUUUCAAGACUAAGUCUACAUGUCGCAGAAAAAGAGAGUUUAUCCCAGAGGAGAAGAAAGACACCCUUUACUGGGAGAGGCGUCGUAAAAACAAUGAGGCAGCCAAGCGCUCGAGGGAAAAGCGGCGCAUAAACGACAUGGUGCUUGAGAACAAGCUGAUGGCCCUUGGAAAAGAAAAUGCCUCCCUCAAGGCUGAGCUGCUGUCACUGAAGCUGAAGUUUGGCCUGAUGAGCUCAGCAGCAUAUGCCCAAGAAGUCCAGAAGUUAUCCAGGUCCACCUCAGUCAACUUCUGUCAGGAGUUUGUUCCUCCCAGUAUUAGCCAAAGUUCUACCAGCAGAGAUCUGGAGCCUCCUCACCUGCGCAGCAGCUGCAUAUCAGUCAUCAAGCAUUCACCUCAAAUACCUGAGACGUGCACAGCAACAGAGGGUAGCUUUACUUUCUGCAGGACUGCAAAUGUCAAGCAAGAACCAGCAGAUAACGCCAGCUGUGCACAAGGAAGGAGUAGUCCUUAUGAGCUCUAUAAACUCUGCAGGGCCAGCACUUUGCCUGGAAUCUACACUCAGCCUGCCUCAUUCAUGCAGAUUACUAGGUCAUCCAGUAACUCACCCCGGAGCUCAGAUGAUGGUGCUGUAAGCAAAUCAUCAGAUGGUGAAGAUGAGCAGCAGGUCCCCAAAGGGUUGGUGCCAUCUGUUGCUGACCCAAGAAGUGUCAUCGUCUCCACACACAAAGUGCCGGAUACCUCUUCUUCAGCUUUGCCGCAUAAACUGCGGAUCAAAUCCAGAACUAUUCAAAUUAAAGUAGAGGCCAUUGAUCCGGAAUACGAGCCCUCUGGAAAGUCCUCUCUUGUCAGUGUUUCAGAGGGAGAAUGCUACCAGAUCACUCAGGACCCUUCAGAGGACAUGCAGGCCUCCCACUGUCCUUUGUCAGUGCAGGUCAGCAAUAUGCAGAACUGGACCCACCAUUCAGAGCAGUGGCAUAAAAGCAGCACAGUGACAUUGCAGGGUGGCUGGAAGAGUUCAAAUUGAACGCUGAGCCCUGUCUCAGACAAAACAAUUGUUGAUGUAAAAGAAACUUAAUUCUAGCACUCAAGUGCUGAGGGCUUGUAUCUAAAACAGGGCCUUGCUACCUGCUGAUAGAGUCAACCAGAAGCACCACUGAUCUUCAUGAGUCAUCAACAAAAGGAUGAUCCUCUGAAUGACCAUCAUAUGUUUUGCGUUUCCACUGGAUUCACUAUUGCACUGUGGGGUUGACAUGUGGGCUAAACCAUGCUUUGAUUUGAUGCAUUUUUAAAUACAAAGUGUUUAAGUAAUGCCAGAGUCUCAAAUAAUUGCUUUCUGCGUGGACACUCAAAAGCUGUUUGCUAAUAUAAUCUGAAGGGGAGUUGAAUUACAUGUACAAUAAGCACUGACAUGGUGAAUUCAGUACUAUGUACGAUACCCCAGCACAAAUUCCAACAUCAAAGUUAUACUCACCACUCUGCUCCUCAGUUUUUCUUCUCUAACACAAAUUUUCUUUCAUUCAUUCAUUCAAUCGAUUUCAGACUGACUUUUUUAAACCUCUGUUAUGUUACAAUUAAUGCAAUUUAGCACUUCUUCCAAUUUUUUAAACAUAUAUUACUGUUGUAGUCUGUUAAGAACAGAUGAGGGUACACCCUUAAAUUUACUGGUAAUUGUAAAUAGUCUUUUUGUUUAAAAAUGAAUAAUUGGCAGCUGAGUGGUAAGCAUGACAUGAUUGUUUGAUCAGAAUCACUGCUGAAAUGUACAUGAUAUUAAAUGUAUUCAGUGUCAUCUUCCUCCAUGUUUAGAAAAUAAACGUUGCCGAAUUGUUGUUUGCAUUAACAAAUUAGCAAAUGAAAACAGCAGCAUAUAAGAAAUAUGAAUCUCAGAUGAAUCUGUUUCAUGUAAACACCUGGUUCUCUCUGCAGCAUUUGUGGUUUACUCCGGGAUAUCUGCACACUCUGGACACUGAGAAACUACUGUAAAUUGUUUAUCAAUUGUGUGUGACAGACAUCAUUAAUGUGAAAGGCACUGGUAUGUGUGAAGCCUUUAUUUUUCUUUUCUAAGAUUAUUUCUGACUGUUGUCACUGGUGUCCACCUAUCAGUAUACACCUGCUGUCACUGAGCACUGUUCUACUUCGAUAUUGUGGAGCUGGAAAAUGCCCCAGUUGUUCACAGCUGCCACUUGCCUGCCUUACUGCCACUAUCAUUACAUUUGUGGCUGGGGGCAAUCUGGCCAUUGUUUGCCUUAAAGCUGAAAAUCCUAAUUAAAUCAUUUUAUAUGGC